AUGAUGCAAGCCUACUUUAUACUGUGUCUCGUCACCGUCCAAGCGUUCGCCAGCCCCUUUGUGGCGCGGCAGAAUUCGAACACAUCGGAUUCGAAUGAUAUCUCGGUUAUCGGCUUCACGACAACCCAGGUGCACCCAACUAGCACGACGACAGUGCUAAGCACCAAGACGGAGUACACUGUCGUUACUCCCCUCUCGUCGGGGGCCAUAGUCACGGUUGAACCCUACACGACCAUCGUUUCCGGGUCUAUAACACAGACCAAGUCGGCGACACUGACACUCUACCCCAUCACCGUGCCCAGUGCCAGUGCCAGCAUCGCGGCCUCCUCGUCGUCAAAGAGAAAUGGGGCCAUCGCUGGGGGCGUUGUUGGAGCUGUGGUAGUUGCUGCUAUCGCUGCCAUCGUGUUCAUGCGCUUCCGCAACAAGCGAUCGCCUCGACACUGGAGGAAUAGGAGACAAUGGCUGAACCUGGAUGGUGGUGGUGGUGAUGUAAAGAGACCUCCCAGUCCGAUCAUCGCCACCGUUCCUUCGCCAACGACUGCGGCUCCGAUUUUGGUUAGGGAGAAACACCGUUCCUUGCCCUCUGAUCCGUUCUCUGCUGGCCCGUCCCACGGCGGCUCCUCGGAUUCUGUGGGAGCAGCGAAGAGGCAGAGCGCGACGUACAUUGAGAUGGAAGCCAAGCCUGGGUCAGUGUCGCUGUCGAGUUAG